AUGUCCAUAUCUCAUCCCACACUCUCUCCUUUACUCACUCUCGAGGCGGUUUUGUGUGACACCAGAGGUGGGGACUUUAGAGCCUUUGCAGCAUACUUGCAGCACACAUAUUGUCUUGAAAACUUAUCGUUUUGGCUCGCUGUCGAGUGCUAUACAACCCAUGUCUCUCGCUCAAGCAUGGAGAAAAUUCCUACAGCCGCUACCACCACUGCUACCACUGCUACUGUCUCGAAUGACGAUUCGGUGGCGGAAAAUACGGAAAGUGCAUUUGACACCCUUCCGACCUCACUCACGGGUACGUUAAUGGAGGCAGAGUGUCACGCUAUAGUAUCCAUGUAUAUCACCUCGGACGCACCACACGAAAUAAACAUCCCAUGUGAGAUCCGCCUAAAACUUCUCGACCAACUGAAACAGAACAACUACCAUCCUAGCAUAUUCACACCUGCUUCCAACUACAUCCUAGAGCUCAUGCGAACAAAUUCCUUUAUUCCCUGGCUACUGGAACCACAUUUACCAGACUCACUAUACUCGAAAUCAAAAUCAAAGGCCCAAAUAUUUACCCACACAAAACAUAAUCCUCAUCCUCAUCCUCACCAGCUGCAGCAGCAGCACCAGCGAUCCCUUUCCUUUCCUAUAUUGACCUUGGGUGGCAGAAUAUCUAGGCUCAAGCCAAAUUCCCGUCGAAGUAUGUCUCUAAUAGAUGACUGUGUUCUUGACCAACCCCUCUUAACUACCCAGCCAAAAUCUAUGCUCAAACGCAUAAAACUCUCUCUCUUUCGAACAGAUCUACAGCCCAUACUUGAUAACCAGUCUUCCCUAUCAGCCGAAGAAGAAAAUAGCAGGUGGCCAUCUUGGAAGAAAUUACAACGCUGA